AUGUCAAACGUCAAUACUCUGAAAGAAUCUCUCCCCAGUACGAAUGACGACCUGAUACGAAAUAUUUUAUUAUCAUUAAAUACUCAGCAGCGACUAGCUGUGGAAUACAACCAUGAAAAGGCAUUACAAGUCAUUGCAGGACCAGGUACGGGGAAGACCAAAGUUUUAAUAUCCAGGGUGGCUUAUUUACUUUUAAAAGAAAAAUUGAACCCCCAAGACAUCAUUGUAACCACAUUUACAAAUAAAGCUGCCAAGGAAAUGAUAGAUAGACUGACGAAAUUAUUACGUGGAACUCACAUAAGGGUCGAUGAUUUGAUGAUCGGCACGUUUCAUAGUAUAUGUGUUAAGGUUUUACAUCAAUAUGGAUCAUCUAUUGGAUUAUCCAAACAGUGGAGAAUAGCAGAUGAAUCAGAGAUUGAUACCAUUAUACACGAUUUGAUUGCAAACAUGCCCGAUCAAAUCAGAGAUUAUUCCAACUCAAUGACUAGGAAAGUCAAUCUUUGCCUCCCGAAAAGAGGAAGCUCUGGCGAUGAUGAGUGGGCUGUAAGUCCUAAGUUAGUGAAAAGGCAAAUAUCGAGGCUGAAAUCGAGUGCUGUUGUUCCUGACAUAUAUAAAGAAGAUCCUAAUCACGAUUCUGCACUUGCAUAUUUCUACGAAAACUUUCAAAAUGAAUUGACGAAGAUUAAUGCUCUAGAUUUUGAUGAUUUAUUGAUGAAUGCUUUCCUUUUAAUGACCAAAGAAAGGUGCUUACCACACAUUAAGCAUGUUUUAGUUGAUGAAUUUCAAGAUACGAACGAAAUUCAAAUGGAUCUAACAUUUUUAUUUGCUAAAGCAAAUCACCAUCUAUCGAGAGGUAUAACUGUUGUAGGUGACCCUGAUCAGAGCAUUUAUGCUUUUAGAAACGCACUUGCAUACAAUUUCCAAACAAUGGUGCAGAAAUGUCCUAUAGAGUGCGCACGUAUAGUUCUGAUAGAAAAUUACCGUUCCUCACAAAGCAUUCUGGAUACAAGCGAAAGGCUGAUCACUCAGCAAACCGAGGGACGUCAAAAUCGACAACCACUUCAUGCCCAAUUCAAUUGUGAAUUCCCCCCAGUUUAUAUUAAUUUUCCCGCAUCAUUUCUCCAGGGCCCAUCUUUAAUUAGAGAAUUGCUCUAUUUAAAGGCUUUACCAAACUUAUUCACUUACAAAGAUUUUUCAAUAUUAGUACGACAAAGAAGACAAAUCAAACCAAUCGAAACAGCUCUUAUAGAAUAUAGAAUACCCUAUAAAAUUAUUAGGGGUGUUGCAUUUUGGGAACUAAAGGAAAUCACGGCAAUGCUGAACCUAAUUAAGUGCAUCUAUUCUGAUAAUGAAAAAAAUGCCAUCAUUGCAUCAUUACUUUACCCUCCAAGAGGAUUGGGACAAGCAUCAGCAGAUAAGAUCAAAGGCCUCAUGGACAGCAAGGCCGGAAUAACUACUGCCCUAGAUACUUUAAGAGAGAUAAAUGAGAACAAGAUACUUUCAGAUAUUCCUACCAAAGGAUAUACAGUUAUUGCAGACUUUGUGCGAAUGCUUAAUGCUUGUAAGUUAUUAUUUGAUACGAAACCUGUUAAUGAAGCAUUAGAUGCAAUUUUUGAAAAAUUAUUUGAAAUGUCAGGAUUAAAACAAGAAUAUUUAUACUUUGAUGGCAAAAAGAAAAAGAAUCUGGAUAUUUCCAACUUGGAAGCAGAUUAUACAAAUAAGAGAUAUCUUAAUGUUAAACUUCUCAAGACAUAUUUUGUAGGGAAAUUACAAGAGAAUAAACCUGCUGACGAAAAUCCAACGUCCUCAAGUAAUGCGGAUAGUAUCAGGGAUAUUGAUACAUCAUACGACGCAGAGCGGAACUCAAUGACGGUUCUGGAACGUAUACGUGAAUUCUUCAAUUCUCUGACCCUAUACACCUCAGAUUUGCCUGACCUAAGUGACUUUACGGAGAAUGAAUCCCAAAAAUUUAGAAGAGAAGAAAAUGAAAGAGAUGGUUAUGUCACUAUUUCAACGAUCCAUGGGGCUAAAGGUUUAGAAUGGCCUGUUGUCUUCAUACCUGGGUGCGAAGAAGGAAUAAUACCGUCUAUCUUUUCUGGAGAAAACGAUGCUGAUCAAGAUGGCGAAGAUGAUCCUGAAACAGAUGAAGAUAAUGGUAGUGAUAUCGAUAAGAAAAUACAGAUAGAAAGCCCUUCAAAACGACGUGUAAAGUCAAUUGAUGAGGCAGUCCAUGAAGAAAGGAGAAUGUUCUUUGUAGCUCAAACACGUGCCAAAUAUUUGUUAUACCUAUCAUCGGUAACAUCAGAGGGGCCUCGUCCAAGUGCUCCAAGUAGGUUUCUUACCCCUGACCUACUAGGGACUAUGACUGAUGAGCAGAAGGUCUUCAAAAAUUUAGAAAUGAUAAUGAAACUAUAUCGUACUUUGAAGAAAGAGCCUCCGGUUGCAUCUCAAAAGGACUUCUCACUGAAGGUUCUGUUAAAGGAUUAUUCCCAAUUCGUUAGUGCUAGAAGAGAACAUCUUAUAUGGAAUGGUUCUCCCUGUAGAAACACCUCAAAUUUGGACCUUAGCAAAAAUAUAGUAACGCCUCCAAAAUUAUCCCUGGAAUUUACUACUGCUGCUCAGCAGUUACAUUCGACCAAAGGAGUGACAAGAAAUUCAGUUAACCAAACUAAAAGACAAAUGCUUACGAAAAGUCCGAAGAAGAGCUAUGCGCCUUCUAUUACUCCUUCUACUCCUAGCCCGACUAAACUUUAUGCUCCUACCACUUCAUCGGGGGAUAUAUCCCCUAAGCCUGCAAAAGAUUAUGCCCCAGGAUAUAAAUCAUUUAGGAGAGCACCUAAUACUUUGUCUCCAAGGAAGCUAGAAUAUUCACCCAGUAAAUCUAAAACUACUAAAAUCUCUCUUGUCACCAAUUCUCCGGAGAGACUGGUGAAACGUUCCAAUGAAAAUUCUUUUCUAUCAUUUACUGAUAAACCAAAGUCUACUAUAGGGACGACCCCUUCAAAAUACUGGAAUGAACCUGCAAUUAAGAAGGAAUAUAACGAACUUACAGUAGUGAAAUCGGAAUCAACAACAGGAGAUCUUCCUAUGGCUUUAAAAUCGAAACAAUCAAAACCACCGAAUAAAAAUUGCCGUGUAACAAAAGUAAAAGAAGAAUUUGACUCCAAGAAAGAAAGUUCAUAUGAUGUUAACAAUACAACUGCAGCUGAGCUUUUACAUGAUCCAAAUGAUUUGACAAUAGAUGAUCGUCCCAUCCUUACAAAUGCAAAGACUUUAGCUGAUGCUAUAAGAAAGCCUAGUAGGAAGAAUUUGAAGAAGGAAAAUAUUAACAAUGGAAAGUUGAAGAAGGAGGGACAGCCUAAUCAAAUGGAUAUUUUUUCUCAGUUGUCAAGGGCAAAAAAGAAAACGAAGACUAAUAAAGGUGAAAUCAUUAUAAUCGAUUAA